AAUUCCCGCAUAUAAAACCAAUACAUGACGUCAAUUCACAAUUUUGUUACGAAACACAGUUAAUAAAGUAAGUAAGCCUGGCGCUACCACAGUGAUCAUGUCUCAUUUAUGUCCAUACAAAAUAUCACUUAGUGAAAGUGAACGUCUCAGCGAACUUUUGGUGGAACUAAAACUUGGAAAACGAACGGAUACUGAAACAGAACGAGUUCAGGAUACAGAUAAAGUUACAGAACCACCUACUGAAGAGUCAACUGCAGAUCAAACAUUACAAUGUCUGACUUGCAAAUGCGAGUUAUCGGAGCGAGAAAAUCAAACCGAGCAUUACAAAGGAGAAUGGCAUCGUUAUAACUUAAAACUGAGAUUGUUGGGUUUGCCGGCCAUUGGUGAGGAUGAGUUUGGUGGAAUGUCAGUUGAUGAUUUGAGCAUCUCUGGCUCUGACUCUGACUUCGAUUCUAGUCCUGCAUCCAGAAGAAGAUUCUCGUUAUCUUUGUGUAAGUCUGAUGCAGAAGAAGAGGACGCACAUGAUGAGCAGUUUGAUAACAGGAGACCAAAACUAUACUUACAAAAUAAAAGUGGCGAAGUGCUUUCUAUAUAUAAAAAGGUCUUAUAUAGCAAGACAAUAAACAACGAUGAAGAUGUAGCAAGGUAUGCGUCAAGCAUGAUCGCUCAAGCAUGCAAUCAAACAUGGGUUGUAAUUCUUCUCAGUGCGGGGCAUUUUGCUGCCGCUGUGUUCGAGGGGUCAAAAGUUGCCGCUCACAAAACAUUUCAUCGUUAUAUUGUCCGCGCAAAACGGGGAACUGUUCAAAGCUCCAAUGAUGCUGCGAAUCGCAACAGUACAGCUAAAUCAGCAGGUGCAAGUUUGCGACGACAUAAUGAACAAGUGUUGGAGGAAAAUAUCAAACAGUUGCUCUUGUCUUGGAAUGAAGAGAUAAAGAACGCUGCGUUAAUAUUUAUAAGGAUUCCACAAUAUAGAAAAGGAUUGUUCUACAGUGGAAAAGAUCCUUUGUUUAAUUCAAAAGAUUCUCGAAUUCGAACAAUUCCGUUUGUUACUCGUCGUCCGACUUUCAAUGAAGUUCAAAGAGUUCAUCAGGAAUUGUUUUCCGUUGCUAUGCAUGGUAAGAAUUCAAUGCCAGAUAUCUUGACACCACCUCGUGCAUCUAAAAACAAGCGAAUUAAGAAUCCCGUCAUACAACCGAAAGUUGAAGAAAUUAAAACUUUAUCACAAACUGGGAGUGAUUCUGACAUUGAGCUGAUAACUACAAAUCAAUCAGUUGAAACUUCAGAACUAAAAAUGUUUGAAACAAAAAUCACAAAUUAUGGAAAUAAGAAGAAAAACAAAAAGAAAAAGAAGAAAAAACAAGAUAAUAACACACCUACAAGCACAGAAAAAGAGAAAGUUGAAAAAGCACCAGCUGUAGAAGCAAAACAACAAAGAUUUCCAGCACAUAUUGAAGAUUUCCUCAACCAGAUGUUCACGGCAUGCAAGACUUCCAACUUAAACCUCAUACAUGAGCUAAUUCAUGAUUUCUCAUCACGAGAUUCAUGUGAUGCACAGUCAUCGGAUCCUGGGAAUGAACAGAUUUCUCAUGUGAUUAAUUUCACGAUUGAUUCACAGGGAAACACUUUACUUCACGUUGCUGCGAAAACUGGACUCAAGGAAAUUAUAUUCACACUGCUUGAAGCAGGUGCUGACCCUGCCAUUAAAAACUUCACAUCCUUCCUUCCAUAUUGUUUAUGUCCAAAUAAGGAAGCGCGUAACAUUUUCCGUAGAUUUCGAUCAAAAUAUCCGGACAAGUUCGAUUACAAAUCCGCUCAGAUUCCCUCUCCUCUCUCGGAUGUUGCAGAGGAAGAAAUGAAGAAAAAGAAAUCUGAGAAGAAGAAGAUGCAAAGAUUGGAUCGGAAGUUAAAGGAGCGAGUAAAGAGAGAGGAAGAAGAGAAAAAGAAAGAAGAGCAAGAUGAAAAAGAGAGAUUUCUUGCUCUUUCAGAUCGAGAGAAGAGGUUGAUUGCCAUAGAAAGAAGAAUGAUGAAUUCUCAUCCUUCUCCAUCUUCUAAUGAAAGACGUUGCUUCACUUGUGCAGAAAGUUUGUUUGCAAAAGUCCCGUUUGAAUAUCUUGACUUUCAAUUCUGUUCCGUCAUUUGUUUGAAAACUCACAAGAAGACAAAAACAAAAUCAUAAUUUUUUACCCAUAUUUAUUUAGGAAAUUCUUGUUCUUUUAUUCAUUGAGUUUUAAAUAUUUAUUUUAGGAAAUAUAAGACCUCAGAUAUAUAAAGAAUUGUACGUUUUUUUGUAAAACAGCUUUUCCAAGAUAAAGUAUAUUGUUAUGUUUCGUAUGUGCAUACAGUAUACAGAAUAUAGUCCACCUGUUAGUUGCCUCAUUCAUUCAUAACCAUAAAGUUUAGCAUUUUUAUGAUAGAUUUAUUCCGCAAAUAGGUUGUAAAGGAGCUCCCUAUUUGUUGAAAAUCACGCUUUUUUCUGAACUUUUCUGAAAGUGGUUUUGUUUUCUUGGUGUUUGCAGUAUAAGACUGUGUAAUUUGAAUUGUUUUAUGUGGUGAACAAUUUAUUUUACUUUAGUGGUGAAUUGAUUUAAUAAUAGAUUUAUGUUAACGGUGAUAAAAUUUUGUUUCUUGAAUGUUAGUAUUAAAACUCCCUAUUUUUUCAAGAGUUUCUUUUAAAAAUAUUAAAAAAAUUGCAAUCUAUUUAAAUUCGAGUUAAACUCCUUUUACUCUUUUGUUUCAAACGCUCACUUCAUUGUGAUGUCAUAGCCAUGUUUUUUAAAGAAA